GGAAGAGACGUAAAAGGGGCGGGGCAACAUCUCACAAAUCGGACCGUGAGCCUUCGCGUUUCCUCUUUCCUGCCGGCGCCGAGCGAUGGGCAUCUCUCGGGACAAUUGGCACAAGCGCCGCAAGACCGGGGGCAAAAGAAAGCCCUAUCACAAGAAGCGGAAGUAUGAGUUGGGGCGCCCUGCUGCCAACACUAAGAUUGGCGCCCGCCGCAUACACACAGUCCGAGUUCGAGGAGGCAACAAGAAGUACCGAGCCCUGCGGCUAGAUGUGGGAAACUUCUCCUGGGGCUCUGAGUGUUGUACUCGAAAAACAAGGAUCAUUGAUGUUGUUUACAAUGCAUCCAAUAACGAGCUGGUCCGCACCAAGACCUUGGUGAAGAACUGCAUUGUGCUCAUUGACAGCAUGCCGUACCGACAGUGGUACGAAUCCCACUAUGCACUGCCCCUGGGCCGAAAAAAGGGGGCCAAGCUGACUCCUGAGGAGGAGGAGAUUUUAAACAAAAAACGAUCAAAGAAAAUUCAAAAGAAGUAUGAUGAAAGGAAAAAGAACGCCAAGAUCAGCAGUCUUCUGGAAGAGCAGUUCCAGCAGGGCAAGCUUCUUGCCUGUAUUGCAUCAAGACCAGGCCAGUGUGGCCGAUCAGAUGGCUUUGUGCUAGAGGGCAAAGAGCUGGAGUUCUAUCUGAGGAAAAUCAAGGCCCGGAAAGGCAAAUAAACCUUCCCUCCUGGUUUAACUCAUGUAAUAAAGGUGUUUAUUGUUCUAUGUGCA